AUGGCGACGGAUAUCAUGACGCCCUCUGCAGGGGUCAAGAAACUAGUGUGUCGUGUGUGUCCAAAGGCAUUCACGAAAGCCGAGCAUCUACGAAGGCAUGAACGUUGCCAUACCGGAUCCAAACCAUACGUCUGUAAGGAGUGUCGCCGGCCAUUUGCCAGGCAGGAUGCUCUCACACGCCAUGGGAAGCUACACUUACGUGACAUGAAUGCAAAGGGUGGCCCUUCUCCGGCCUCAAUACCCCCCGUGUCAUUAGAUUCCAUUCCUUCGUGGGAUACCAGCAGUGCUUCCACGACAGCCCAGGUUUCAACAUCGGCCACUAGUCACUCCUGGGAGGAGUCGACGUCUAACCAACAUUCUAACAUGCACAAUGUUGCCUCCGAUUUGGACUUUGCGCUUAUCUGGCCAGACUCGGAGGAUCUCUUCCAGAGUCUCAUGUCGUCCGAUACGGCGGACCAGUGGCAGGUGCCCUUGGGGACACUCCCUUUCCCACCCGUUGUGCAGGAUGUCAACGGAACGAACUAUGGAUCUCCCAAUUCAUUUGAUGAUCGGAGUUCUUCCGUGGGCGCAAUCCCUUUCGGGGAAGGCCACCAAGCCGUGCGCGGCAUGACGGAAAUGGUGACCAGUUCGUCUUCAAGUGUUACAGCCGCUGUCAAGGCCUCGUCGAUCACAUCUGUCUUUCUCGAUGAAUGUCUGCACAUGUUCUUCGUCCGCUUUAUUCCUACCUUCCCCAUCUUGCACCGAGCCACCUUCGUUUUCCGGGAAUGCUCCCAUGCAUUGCUGCUCAAUGCCAUUGCCAUCGGGUCCUUGUACCUCGGACCUAGUGACUCUGUCGCAAAGGGCGAAGCUCUCUGGCGGCUCGCACACACUGCCGUCGCUACUUCGUGGCAGUCUUUCAUCACCCACAACGGUCCCCACGAUGCUUGCAAAGGGGUACAACUUAUGAUUACAGCCCUACUAGGCCAGGUCUACGGCGCACUAUCUAAGAACCGAGCGAUUCGUACAACAAGCCAAGUCUUCCGUCCGCUUGGCUUCUUCUGGGCUCGCCAUUGUGGCAUGUACGACAGUGAGCCCUACUCGAUGGAGAACCUCCCUUCCACGGAUGCACCCGCUACAGAGAAAGACCGUCAGUGGCGCAUCUGGUCCGCACGGGAAAUCCAACAACGUGCUCUGUUGGCGUACUAUGUACUCGAUGGCCUCGUCGGUCAAAUGUCUGGCGAUGGGGCUUCUGCCCAGCAUGUUUCCAACCCGUUGAGCCUUCCCAGCAGUGAGGCUGCCUUUGAUGCUAACACUGCCGAUGAGUGGCUCGCACACAUGUACUCCCAAAAGCCUGAUCAAUCUUCCUUCCGCGUAGUCUUCCGAUCGUUGUUCCCGCCAAUUGGGAAUUUUCGCGCCUUGGAUUAUCAGUUCUCGGCAUUUGCUCUUCGUGUGGUGCUCGAAGGCCUCCAGUCUCUGAUCUCGGACUGCGAUGACCACGAGCUCGCAGUUGGUGUGCCUAGUCGAUCAGAUGUGCGAAGAGCACUAGCGCAGGUUUAUGAGACCAUCUCCAUGAGCGUACAUUUUUCAGCCGCUGAGCGAUUGGAAAUCUUGUUGCGCUGGCACACAGUAUGCUUGGACAUCAUGAUAAACUCCACUGUCCUUUCCCGCCACGUCUGCUCUCGCUACAAUCUCCCACAGCAUGUCUCCGGGGGCUGCCGAACUGUUCAGCCAGGCUUUGACAUUGUGGAAUGGGCCAGUAGCAAGGAUGCUCGGCGUGCGGUACUACACGCCGUCGCCAUCCAAGACAUUGUCGAGCAGUUGCCUCGUGGUCGCGCCCAUGUUGUGCACAUGCCGAGCUCGCUGUUUGCCGCAGCCACAAUCUACGUUGUCUUUUCUCUUGCCGGCAUGGCUACCGUUAACCUACCCCGCCCGAUUAUCUGGCAGGACGCUGUGCUAUCCCAUUCGGACCUCCAUCUCGGCCAUGACGAAAUCAGGCCACCUUCUGGAGAGACUCGGCGUUUCGUGGAGACGGAAGAAGGGAUCACGUCUAGCCCGCCAGGUGGCGCUGUUCGCAAUCUGCUAUACGAGCUCAACUCGAUGCAGAAGCUCUUCCGCUGCCUUUCUUCGCAAUGGGGGAUUGCUCGGGAUAUGGAGGACAUUGUUGCGCAGUGGAUACAACUCUGUCAUUAG